GUGUGACGUGUUGGCCGCUGCAGAACCGGAUGUUGGUGCGUCUCCGGUUCAGGUUUCAGAUGCCAGUGGAACCGAGCGGAGGAUAAAGUCUUCGUUAACUAACUAACUAGCGUUAUCUGACGCCGAGUCGGCGAGGCGAUGCUGCGGCGGCUUCUCGCAGCGGCGCUGCUGUCUGCGGCCGCCGGCUUCUACCUGCCGGGACUCGCUCCCGUGAGCUUCUGUGAGCCCGGAAAGAACCAAGUUCCAGACUGCAAGUCGACCAUCGAGCUGUUUGUGAACCGGUUGGACUCCGUGGAGUCGGUUCUGCCGUAUGAGUACACUGCGUUCGACUUUUGCUCAAAAGACACAAAGAAUCGUCCAUCGGAGAAUCUGGGCCAGGUUCUUUUUGGGGAGAGGAUUGAGUCGUCCCCAUACAAGUUUGAGUUUAAGAAGCCUGUGGCGUGUGAGAAGGUGUGCACGCAGACCUACGACACCAGCAAGCCAUCGGACAAAGCCAAGCUGGACUUCCUCAAGAAAGGCAUGUUACUCAACUACCAGCAUCACUGGAUUGUGGAUAACAUGCCGGUCACUUGGUGCUACGAUGUUGAAGACGGACAGAAGUUCUGCAAUCCUGGUUUCCCCAUCGGCUGUUUCGUCACAGAAGCAGGUCGGCCCAAAGACGCCUGCGUGGUCAACUCUAACUUUAAUGAAAAGGAUGCUUUUUACAUCUUUAACCACGUGGACAUCACCAUCCAUUACCACAUCGUAGAGCAUGAGCAGCUGGGAGCUCGACUCGUUGCUGCCAAGAUUGAACCCAAAAGCUUUGAGGGCCCCGGUGAAGAUGGCCAGGCUUGCUCUGGGGGGCCCAAGUUCCUGAGAAACAAACACUCUGGAGUGUUUGAGAUUCCAUACACCUACUCGGUCAACUUUGUGGAGGACAAGAAUAUCCGUUGGGCAUCUAGAUGGGACUACAUCCUGGAGUCAAUGCCUCACACCAACAUCCAGUGGUUCAGCAUAAUGAACUCCUUGGUGAUUGUGUUGUUCCUGUCUGGAAUGGUAGCAAUGAUCCUGCUGAGGACUCUGCAUAAAGACAUCGCCCGGUACAAUCAGAUGGACUCUGUGGUGAGUACAUGUGCAACGCUGCCAGGCGGGACGCACCGAGGGCCACCAGGGGCUCCUGUUCUCAUAGGCUCUGCUCUCCAGGAGGACGCUCAGGAGGAGUUUGGGUGGAAGUUGGUCCAUGGAGACGUCUUCCGACCUCCAAGAAAGGGAAUGCUGCUGUCAGUGUUCCUCGGCUCUGGAACCCAGAUCUUCAUUAUGACCUUCGUCACCCUUUUCUUUGCCUGUCUGGGGUUCCUCUCCCCUGCGAACCGCGGGGCUCUGAUGACGUGUGCCGUGGUGCUCUGGGUUCUUCUGGGCGCUCCUGCUGGAUACGUGGCUGCUCGCCUCUACCGAUCUUUCGGAGGAGAGAAGUGGAAGACCAACGUUCUGCUGACGGCCUUCCUCUGCCCCGGGGUGGUGUUUGCAGACUUCUUUGUGAUGAACCUGAUCCUGUGGGGUGAAGGCUCCUCAGCCGCCAUGCCGUUCGGGACCCUGGUAGCCAUACUGGCUCUUUGGUUCUGUAUCUCGGUGCCGCUCACCUUCAUAGGGGCUUACUUUGGCUUCAAGAAGGCAGGGAUUGAGCACCCAGUGCGGACCAAUCAGAUUCCUCGCCAGGUGCCGGAGCAGUCCUUCUACACGAAGCCCCUGCCUGGCAUCGUCAUGGGGGGAAUUCUGCCUUUUGGGUGUAUAUUUAUCCAGCUGUUCUUCAUAUUGAACUCCAUCUGGUCCCAUCAGAUGUACUACAUGUUCGGCUUCCUUUUCCUCGUCUUCAUCAUCUUGGUCAUCACCUGCUCCGAGGCCACCAUCCUGCUUUGCUACUUCCACUUAUGUGCCGAGGACUACCAUUGGCAGUGGCGUUCCUUCCUCACCAGCGGCUUCACUGCGCUCUAUUUCCUCGUCUACGCCAUUCAUUACUUUUUCUCCAAGCUGCAAAUCACUGGACUGGCCAGCACCAUCCUGUACUUCGGGUACACCAUGAUCAUGGCUCUCAUCUUUUUCUUAUUCACAGGUUCAAUCGGCUUCUUCGCCUGUUUCUGGUUUGUUACCAAGAUCUACAGUGUGGUCAAAGUGGACUGAAGGAUCCAAACUGUCAACAGUCCACCGGCUGCGAAUUGGUUUUCUCCCAUAAACCUGCGGAACUGAACCGUGUGAACAGUGAACCAUCGCCGCCUCAUUUCCUCAGAGAGAACGCUGGACUAUGAUGUUUGCAUGUGAGUGGGCUGUCGUACGUAGAGCAUCUAUCUGCUUCCUGCAGCCACACGGCAUGGCAGCCUUCCGAAUCUGUUUCACGAUCCAUGGACUGUUUCACAAUGUAUUUGGUGAUUGUAGCCAAAUGAGUAUGUGAAGGUCUGCUUCUUAACUUUACUUUUUUUGGAUGUUGUGUUAAAAUGUGCCCCAAUAUGUGUUUGCAUCCACAUAUAAACACAGAAAGGGUUCAGAAGGGCUCCUCAGACUGUUUGCUGAUCCGUUGUCCUUUCGGGGAGGUGCAGGCUCUUGUCCUGUUGCCACCUUGUUUCUAAUGGAGGAGUCCAUGUGAGGUUUCUAAAAAGAUCUCGGCCUUGUUUCCUCUCCUGAGCUCACUAAACUCGACAUCCUAGCGAUGCAGCACAAACCCGACGUGUUACCGACACAUUUAUGCUCAGGAUCCACUCAGUAGAAAUACAGCAGAGCACAAGUUUAAAAUGAAUAUUCCAGUUAGUGUUAGGGGAUUUUAAUAUAGCAGUCCAAUUUGAAACGUAAAAAAAUCUAUUUAGUUUUUCCAACAGUAUGCACAUAUGAAUGGUAAAUAAACCCAUUAUGAAUAUGAGGAAACCAAUAUGUGACAUUUUGUUUUAAAGUACUGGACCAUGUAGUAACUGGGUUUGACUCACUGAAAAAGAAAUUCACAACCACGUGCAACCAACUAAUAAUUAAUAUAUAUUCUGGGCCGUCAUUGAAGUUCUAAAGACCAGAUGGAAGAGGCGGAAUGUGGGGAUGAACCUCCACGUUACGGCCCGAAGGCAGGAAACAACCUGGACGUCGGACCAACAAGGUGUCGCUCACUCGUUCACUGGAAUUGGAGGCUUUACGUUGAGCUGUUCUAUAUAAAGAAAAGCAUGUAUUAAUUCAUUCACUAGUGUUUGUUUCUAAUUACCUGCCAUAAAACGUUUUAAUGGACGAAAUAAUCACAGUCAAGGUUUCCAAGAUGCCGUUCUUUUCAGAAUUAAGAGUUGGACAUUGAUCAAGACUACAAUUCUGCCAUUAUGCGAGUAUGGAUCCAUUGGGACGGUCUGCGUUUCGCUGAGCGAGAGAACAAGCUGCCCGAGUAUUGUUGACCUGGAGAUUUCAUCUACCCGCAUUAUAAAUCUCUUUAAAGGAA